UAUAUAAAUAUAUUAUAUUCUAACCCGGUGCCGCCUCCAUUUAUUAAUUCUUGAAAAAGUUUUCAAGGAAAUGACCAGCGUUGAAGAAUCAACGACACUUGAGUUCAUUCAUCAGCACCUCCUUGGAGACUUCACUUCGGCUGAUGCUUUUAUAAGUAGCCUUGAUUUUGGCCUCUCUCAACUACAAAAUUACCAGGUUCCCGAACUGUAUCAACCUCACUCUCCCGUAUCUGACCCGAAUUGCCGAAUCCCUGAAAUCUUCGGCUAUGACGUAAAACCUGAGGUUGUUGAGCUGGCAUCUCCGAGUGUGUUCAUUUCAGGGUCGAAAAUGGAGCAGAAGGUGUUGGUUUGUGAAGAGAGGAGGCAUUACAGAGGGGUGCGGAGAAGGCCAUGGGGAAAGUUUGCUGCAGAGAUCCGAGACCCGACCAGGAAGGGACGUCGGGUUUGGCUAGGUACUUUCGAUACCGAUGUUGAUGCUGCCAAGGCUUAUGAUUGUGCAGCAUUUAAAAUAAGGGGGCAGAAAGCAAUACUGAAUUUCCCACUGGAAGCUGGACAGGCUACUCCACCAGCCACAACUUGUAGGAAAAGGGGAAAAGAGAAGAGAAAUAAGUCGCCGGAAAGUGACGUCAUGUCACAAGUUAGUAGUGAGCUAGCUUCGGCGGUGGUGAAGGAAGAAGAGGAUAAGCCUUAUUGAUGGUCAGAAUAUCACCUGUCACCAUUAUAAUUAGAAGAAGAUAACAUGAUAGAUAAUGUGAAUACGGUAAGCUGUUAAAAGGGAGGCAUUUAAAUCACGCACCAUCAAAAAAUGUAUAUUUAUAAGUCUAAUUAUUGAGUUGCUUUGCAAGUUCAGUUGGAAUUUGAUCAGUGAUUACAAAGAGAAAAUCUUAAAUUUUCGAAA